CUGUGUCCCUUGGACACAGCGGAUCACAGUUCAGCGGAAAGAGCCGAAGAAGUCGGAUCUGUCAUGUGAUCAGCUGUGUCCAAUCACAGCUGAUCACAUGUAAACAGGGAAAAGCCGGUUAUCAGCAUUUCUCUCCUCACGAGCUGUCAUGCUGACAGCUCAGUGCCACCUGUCAGUGUCCAUCAGUGCCAGCUCUCAGUGCUCAUCCAUGUCACCUGCUAGUGCCCAUCAGUGCCACAUCAGUGCCACAUUUUUUCAGUGCCUACCAGUGCACAUCAAUGCCACAUAUCAAUGCCCAUCUGAGCUGCCUUUCAGUGUCACCCAUCAGUGCCAGUCAGUGCCACCUAUCAAUGCCAGUCAGUGCCACCUAUCAGUGCUGCCAAUCAGU